AUGAAUCACUCCAAGGAGAACGAAGGCCACAUCGAAAUGAGCUCUCACCUAGAUCAUACCGCUCAUGCUGUCGAACAUGCUAACACGUCGGCCGGAAUGGUAAAUUCAACAAAGAAGAAAUGCAAAAGAAUGAUCCGUUCAGUUUCAUUUUGGAGUAACUUAUCAGUGAUUGCAUGUAUGGUUGCAGUCUCAGUGGAUCCUUUGUUCUUUUACAUUGCAUUCCUUGAUAGUGGCAAAGUGUGCCUCGGAACAGACAAGAGACUUAGGACUGUAGUUCUGAUUACUCGAUCACUCACAGAUUUCACGUUCCUAAUUUAUAUUGUAUAUGCACUUCGUGAUUCUGUGAAAGCAGUGUCCUCUGAAUCCAAGCGCAAGCUGGUACCAAGAGGCAACUCAAACUGGUUUGGACACGUUACUGCAACAGCUAAAAAGUUAUCAUGGAGAUCAUUCAUAAUUGACAUUUUAGCUAUUCUUCCAAUUCCACACGUGCUAAUAUUAGCUCUCUUUUAUGCUCCCAGUUAUGGAUUUUCAGAGAACAAAAUGACUUUGAAUUACAUGCUUCUUGCACAAUAUGUUCCAAGAAUGUAUCGGAUCUUCACCUCAUCUACGCUGUUUAGGAAAAAUAGGAGCAUGUGGGUCAAAGCUGCUUUCUAUUUUUUCAUGUACCUCAUCUCAAGUCAUGUAAUUGGAGCCUUUUGGCACUUUAGUUCUGUUCAAAUCGAGGCAGUAUGUUGGAACAUGGCCCUGGGAGGAAAUGUCCGUUUCCAAUGUGAUGACCCUGCUCUAUCUACUACCAAUCGUGACUUAAUCAAUGGAUCUUGCAUAGCAAUGACGGACCCAGAACCAUUUAACUAUGGAUCAUUUGAGGACACAGUUAAAGCCGGCUACACAGGACUUACAAGGUUUCGCGAUAAAUUGUUUUACUUUGUGUGGUGGGGAAUGAAAAAUCUAAGUAACUAUGGUACAGACAUUGAUACAAGUAACUUCAUUUGGGAAAAUUGCUUUGCAAUUCUUGUUUCUGCUAUGGGGUUGGUGCUAUUUGCUUUUCUCAUUGGAAAUAUGCAGCUAUGUAUGCAAUCUUCGGAGGAGAAAAACGUAGCAGCUGAUAAGGUUCGAAUGAAAGAGCAAGAACUACGGAAUUGGAUGGAAAAAAAUGGUUUCCCUGAGAAGUUGGGCAAAGACGCUGAGAAGUUGAGGGUAGAGAUCAUGAAAAUGAUAACACAAAAUUUGAAAGACGACCAAAAUGCUGAAGUAAAAAACCUGUUCUCUCUUCUUCCCUGGAAUACCGUAAAAGAUCUCAAGAUUUCUAUCUGCAUGAGUACGCUUAAGAAAGUAAGAAGGCUCGAAAAUAUGGAUGAAAGAGGACUCAGAUUGAUCUGCCAGUAUCUCAAGCCAGUGACUUACACUGAGAAAACAAUUGCUUUUCGAAUGGGAGAACCACUUGAUAGCAUGCUCUUUAUCAUGGAAGGUGUUAUGUUGGUCUACACGACUAGUGCUUCUACUUCAACUGCUGGUCAAGGUGAAAAGGAAAAUAUAAGUGUCCGAUCAACAAUCCGCGGCUCCCUCGAGAAUGGUGAUGCUUACGGAGCUGAACAACUUCUGAGUUGGGCAUCACCACCCGACAACGGUGAUGUCUCUUAUGCAGACCUUCCUAUCUUGACUGAAAAUGUUAAAUGCCUUUCGGAAGUGGAAGGCUUUGUUCUCACUGCCAAAGACUUGAAAAAGGUACUCUCCAUGUACAAGUUACAGGGGAAUUACAAUAAUUCCAGCCAUCUGGUGGAGGUGGAACUAUCUAUCUCAAGAGAAAGAUCACUGAAUAAUCGGAACCGCGUCAAUCCUUCUCCACAACCAGGCACAGAGGGUGGGGAUGAGGAAACAGAUAUUCAAGAAUCACGCUACUGA